AUGGACUUCCAUCUCAUUCCCCGCGGCACAGACCGCAACUAUACGGGGUUCCUAACAAAGACAAUCGUCUACUCGGGGUCUCUAAUAGUCUUUCUUGCCUCAUUCGGUCUUUCAAUAGCAGCCAUUGCAAUCCCACGCUGGGUCUCCUACCACAGCUCAUCGUACGACUAUUCCUACGGGCUCCACCGGCGUUGUUCCUCUUUAACAGAUACAUGCGAGGCCUUUCCCAACCGUGAAGACUGUAUCGGUGAAGACCGGUACUUUUGUUCGAUGUGGCGGACCGUGGGAUUUGGGAUGUCAUUUGCCGUUGUGCUGGAGGGGUUGAGUGUUGUUGCGUUUCUCAUUGUGCUCUCUGGCGGAAAGAGGCUCAGGGAGGAGGGAUGGAGGGUUCUGAGUCUCCUUAUUCUUGCUGGUGCGGCUGUGCAGGCGGGGUGUAUGGGACUUGUGGCAUAUCUGGUGGAAAACGAACCGCGGUUUUUCGUGGGCUGGCGACUGGACGAAUCGUGGAUAUAUUGCACUGUUAGUUGGUGCGUGAGCGUCUUCUCCGCUGGCGCGAUUAUCCUCGCGGCUUAUAGUCUGCCUUCGGAGGGAGGUUAUGAGUUGAUCCCGGAUCACUCGUGAUGCUUGAAUUGUUACCGUUCGUCCGUCUUGUUCUUGCCGUCAACGACUCUUUUCUCUUCUUCUCAAUUAGCGCAGGCUCCCAUACAUGGUAAACGGUGGCAACUGUGACCAUUACCUGUUUGUUCAAUUUGACUGUUGACAGUCUCGUCGAUUUCUCGCGUUCGGUUGUUCGGUAGUUAAUCUUAUAUAGGAAGGCGUCUGGCUACGAUUACUAUUGUUAAGUUAA